AUGGAUAAAUAUCGACCAAAGAGGCCGACCACCCUGGCUCUUUUCCCACAGAUGCCACAAGCCGGCACCCAGGACUCCAUCAACAACAACUCUUUGGGGAAGAAGGACAGCUGGAAGGACUCCCGCUCCUCCUCCCCACACAUUACAGGAGACCUCACACCACCUGAUAUCCAACCAAAACCAGAGGACAAAGUCCGUCGCAGCACGCGGCGCCCGGCCCCAAAACCACCCACUGCCAAUGGAGCUAAAAGCAAAACUAACACUCAGGCUUCCGCUACCACUGCAGACACUCACACUCGACCACUGGAGAGACAGGCAUCUGGGGCCACGAACACGAAUCCCUCUGGCACACCGAGGAGUCAAAGGAAAGCUGCUGGAGGAGGAGGGGGGGGAGGAGGAAGAGGAGGCAGAACAGGAGGAAGAGCAGUAACAGCGAUGAGAGAGAGGAGUCUGGCAGACAUCAGAGGGAAGGACGGGGUGACAGUCGGGAAGGACGAAAAAAGAGGAGGAAGACUGUGUGAGGAGUCCAGGGUGAAGGAGAAAGAGAAGGAGAAGAAUGGAUAUCAGAAAGCUAAAGACACAAAUGGACUGAAAAACAGGGGGGCUGAUGGGAAAGUAAAAACAGGUGGUAAAGGGGGAAACAGAGGGGGAUUCAAGCUGAACAACAUGCUGUGUAACCAGCAGGUUUACCUGCCAGCCAUGGUGGUCCCACGUACACCUGUAGCACCAAGGAACCAAGAAAAGACCCAAGACCAAGGCCAAAACCAUGAUAGGACCCAGGACAACCCCCCUGCCCUCUCCCGGUCCAGCAGUGAGGGAGGGUCCAACAGAAUGUCCCUUAGCUCAGACACUGAGGGCCCCCCACCAGGGCCCCUGAAUCCAGCGCUAACCAACCGAACCAACCCUGCCAUCAGUGAAGAAGACGGGGAAGGAGUCCCAACUCCCUGCAUGAACAUCCAGAAUGGUCCCGCCCACUGCUUGGAUGGCAAUGAAAACAAAAAGAUGAACUGUAAUAAGUCAGAGGUUAUCACAGGGCGAGGAAGAGGGAAGAGUAUUUGUGAGGUGGAUAAUACCAACUGCAUGUCUCAGGGAGAGUGUGCAUCUGCUCAGACUGUACCAAAGAAUGAAGCUAGAGCAGGGUUAAACUAUGACUCUGUUAAAUACACUCUGGUGGUUGAUGAACAUGCUCAAUUGGAGCUAGUCAGCCUCAAGGACUGCUUUCACGGUUACAACGAGCACAAUGAUGACAGUGAUGCAGAGACGGUCUAUCAGUCGGCCAAUGAAGAGGAAGACCCAGAGUAUGAAGAAGAGAGGAAGAGGAAAGAAGAAGAGAAGCAGAAAGAAAAGAGGAAAGAGGAGGUGAAGAGGAUAAAAGAUGAAGAGGAGGCCAGGAAGAGGAGGGAAGAGGAUAUAAAGAGGAGGAGGGAGGAGGAGGUGAAGAGAAGAAAGGAAGUUGUGGCGAGGAUCUGCAAGCAUUCCAAAGUGAUAUCGACCAUAACCUCAGAGGAAGAGGAGUCUAAUGGAGGAAAGGCAGAACCUUCAAGAAGUAGGAAGUUCCUCAACCUAUUUACCAACAAAGGCAACAAUUAUAGUGCUACAGGUGCUGCAUCAUUUGGCAUGUUCUCCUGUGUUUUGGAUGGGGUGGAGAGAGAGCAGAGCCACAGAGCUGCAUACAGGUUUGUCCCUCGUCAUGCAGAUGAGUUGCACCUCGAGACAGACGACCCUGUGUUGAUACUGAACCAGUCUGAGGACCUGUGGUGUCAGGGUUACAACAUGAGGACUGGAGCUACAGGAAUAUUCCCCGCCUUUUAUGCUGUGAAGGUGGCCCAAGAUAGUGACCAAGUCCAGAGAGAUGGUUGGACAGAGCAGUUCCUGGUGCGAUUCCUGGGUUCAGUUCAGGUCCCCAUUCACACAGGCAAUGAUGUGCUAUGUGCUGCAAUGCAAAAGGUGGCGUGUAACAGACGGUCAACAGGUCAGCCUCCCUCAAACUGUGUGCUGGAGGUCAGUGUGAAGGGUGUAAAAAUCACUGUUCAGGAUCAGUGUCACUCUGCUCACAGGGGGGACCAGUGUUUCCAUUUUUUCCAGUUGAAGAACAUCUCCUUUUGUGGCUGUCAUCCAAAACACAGCAAGUAUUUUGGUUUCAUCACAAAGCACCCGGACCAACCGCGCUUUGCUUGUCAUGUAAUGAUGUCAGACACAACUCUGUAUCCUCUAGCUGUGUCUUUAGGGAAGGCUUUUCAGCAGUAUUACAAGGAACACAUCGGCUACUCCUGUCCCACUGAAGACAUCUUCAUUGAAUAACACCUGUCCUCCUCUCACUCUAUGUACUCACUAUGUGCAUGUAAGCCCGGUCUUACACCACAAACUGGAUCACAGAUAUAACUUUGUGCAUGGUGGAUUUCUUUUUUUUUAGCGGCAACCAGUGAUACAGCAAGCUUUCCCUUCCUUUGGCCAUGUCACAAUAUAAAUAUCUCUUCCGAUGGAUUGGAUCACAUGAGAUGUUCCUGUCGAUGACAACAAAUGUAACAUAGACCACCCCAAACCCAGAUGCAAAUAUUUAAUAUUGAUAUAUUUUACAAGCUAAAAUUACUGAUAUGUAAUUAACAAGUAAAUAUCUGCUGUGAAAACAUAGGGAUGGCCUUCAGGAGGAUGGAGUUAAUUUAUUGACAGAAUGGUUAUGCUUUUAUGUGCAACUAGUGCUUUAAAGAUGAAUUAUUAUUCAGUGAGAGUUUGGAAACUUCAAAAUGAGUCAUUAACCAAAAUACAUCUCCCUAAAAAACAUAAAUGUCAAUAUGGGAGACCACCAAAGUCACUUGGAUUUCUCCUUUGGGGACUGUAAAUGUCACAAAAAUGUAAGGAUGGAUGAUCCAAUACUUAGCAAGAUAUUUAAAGUACAAAUAUAUUUCACCUGCAGCGUCUAGUUUAGAAACUAUAGGUGUUGCUUUACUUCAUUUAAAGCACUUUACCAUUAUGAAGAAAUUCUAAAAAGUUGAGUCUUUAAUUCCUAUGUGAAAACGUAUACAUUUCUAUGCAAAGGUCAAUUACUUUGUGAAUAAAACAGAAACACAGAGAAAGUUAUGGACUUUUUGAAAGCAAAUGAGGCAUGAACUUCACACCAAAAGUUGAGCAAAGUUUCACCUCACGUUGCUUACCCUUCAUCAGAUUUGGAGUUUUCCUAGUAGCAAGCUUUUUUUGUUUAUUUAUUCCCUUCUAGAGUUUAACCAUUGCCCAGUUUGAUGACCUGUUAGCUUCAUCAGGCUUGACUUAUCUUGUUACCCUGAUUCCUCACUUGACACCAAACUGGCUGCUUGAGGUGCAGAGUGCCUGUCCAUCUGUCUCCAGUGAGUGGCAGUUUGCCUCUAACUAGCACGGUACAUGUCAGCUGAAAUCUGGCUUAUUUUGGCAUUGGUGCACAGUUUUGUGCUGUUUAACUGCAACAAACAGGUCAAAAGUAAGAAGAAACAACUUUGUGCAUAGCUGUAAAAGCUAAAACAUGUAUACAAUUGUAAGUUUUGUCUGCAGGAGAACAUACAAACAACUUUUGGAGACAGUUGUAUUAAAAUCUGAAUUGUUGUAUAUUUGCGCAUGAAUUGUGUCAUUGCAAUGACUGUGUGUUAAUGCACAAUUAGAAAAAAAAAAGCUUUGCUUUUUGAUUAAAACACAGCUUGAGGUUUUUAUGUAAAAUACUUUAAUUAGUUUGAAAUUUUAAAAAGGAUAAAAGACAAAAACUAAAACCAGCCUACGUUUCUGUAAAACUUCUGUCUUUAAAUUAGCUUCAUCCUUUAAGACUUAAUUGUGAAAAAAGGGCUUCUUGAAUUCUUCAAAAUUCCCCCUUGUUUAAAGGUAAUACUUGGAAGAAAUGUACAGUUAAGAAAUACACAUGCUUGUUUCUUUGCACAGAUGAGGACAGAAUGAUGUUUCCAGAAAUGAUAGACGUAUAAAUCUGUAUCUUAAAACACAAAGACUUGACAAUCUACUGUUGACAAUGUUUGGAGUUGCUGUGAAGGUGCCUAAUUUCUCAUUUUGCUGCUUAAUGUUCCUUUUCUUCCAGAUGUGGUUUCAUACAGGAUUUCUCUGGUUGAGCAAAGACAUGAUUCCUUUAACUCUGUGUAAAAACCAGGCCCAUAUGACGCUGUGCAAUUCUGUAUGUGUGCAAAAUGACAGACUGGUGGGAUGGUGGAUCACUGUGCUGUCUUGUCUGAGUCUGUCCUCAGCACUUUUUUAGCUCACACUUCUUUUGCAUUGCCUGCUCAAAUCUAAGAAAAGUUAGUAUGAUCAAAUAUGUUUCAAGAUAAAAGCUGAACUUUGCUUUUAUAUCUUAUCCUCAGAAACUGACCUGCAGUCUAACCUGGUUGGCAAAAGAAGGAAAGAUUUUCCGUUGACUUUGUCCAUAUGCUCCUGACUCAAAGCUUCACCAAUCAAUACUUUUUACAUCAAGAACCACGUGAACAUCAGACCACGAGACCAUGUACACAGUGUGGCUCAUAAAGGUUUAUCCUACUGAGAAUUAUUCAACACUGCGGUUGCCCUCAGUUCCGAGACAAGUAUUUAGGUUUUCCUGUACAUGAGUAUGCUCUCAUUGUCCUACACUCUAGCAGCAGGAAGCUAUUUUUAUCAACAUUUGGAAUUACUCUGUUAUCCAGAAAUUGCAAAGGAUACUGUCAGUUUUGCUCCAUGUGUGUUUGACUUACACAGGAUUAAAUAUUUCCUUGCAGAUCUGUCAUUGCUAUUCUCACACUUUGGCACUGUUGCAUUAAAGCUUGUGCUGCAGCCCUGAAAUUGACAAAUUUAUGUAAGAGCAGCACUUAGAUCCUGGAUUUUGGCCACUAUCUUUGACUCCUCACAAAGUGGUGCACAGUGCAGGGUUACUGUCAGUGCUAUUGUCCAACCAACUCAUUAAUUAAUGAAAUGUCUGUUAGCAAAUUUACUUCAACCAUCUGUGCACCAAUGGAAGUGUUGGUUGAUAUUGACCAAAAAACCAUUCUGUUUAACAAAUGUUGCAUUUUCACACUGCAAUUUAAAGGGUGCAUUUUUAAUUGGUACACUGUAAGAUGUGUGUUUGAGCAGGUUCACAGCCACUCUGCCUCUAUACAGGCACAUUAUUAUUAAUCCAUAAACUAUGUACUACGCCUUGCACCUAACAUUGUGACUAUGCACCUUUUAAACAAAUGAAAGUGCAGAUAGAGACUCCUGGAUUAAAUGGCGUUACCCGUGCACUUUGAAGUAUGCACUAUGGUUUGUUAAAAUAAGCCUCCCCAAGACUCGGAAUUCCAGCCAAUCAAAAUCAACAAGCAGUGAAACUUAAUGAUCCUAAGAUUUGAGCAGGUAAAGGCCAAUAGCAAUGUACCCUGAUAUGUUUUGUGUUUAUAAGGAAAAAAAAAAACAGUGCCUAUUUUUUUAAUUUUCUGGUGUAGUGAUUACAGCUGUCCUCAGUAUUCACUGUUGAAUUCAGAUGUUUCAGUCACCAUACAAAAACGGAUAUAUAACAGCCAGUCUCACAAGUAGUUAUGUAAAGGACAGGACUUUGUGCACCUCAGGCGGCUGCCAUGGACUUGAAGUAAUGAAACUAGAGAGUUAAUACUAGAACAACUACAGACUUUAUUCUGCAAUCAGUCACUCAGAUACUCUCUGGUUCUUUUGAAUCUGUAAUGCAAUGCAGUACUGGUUGAACUUAGUUGGUAGAGAAGAUGCCCCAUGUUCCCAGUCCCUGCUACUCUGCUCACUGGUUCCACUCCAAGUCUUAUGGCUAAUUCAAAUAAAGGCAAAUAAAGCAUUAUUGAAAUUCAUUACAGAUCACAGUGUUAUCAAAGGAGAGACAUUUAUGUAAAUUUCCUGUAACACAUCCCUUUUGUAAGACUUUGUUCAAGUGUGUGUGUGAAUAAAAUUGUUAAUGAGAUUUAUAGCAGCAUUAGUCCCGGCAGCAUUAACAAUCUUAACUGAGAUUUUUGUGGCAAAUUUUCGUCUCAUGAUCUGACUGCUGUUGUAGCCAAGAAAGGAUAAAAAUGCAUGGCAAACACACAACCAUUUGUAGGCUCUGAAUGCCUAAGACACGUGAUGAAAAUAGUGAUUUCGGUAUUCCAAAUCUUAUGGGCUAAAACCUUUAACAACAAAACCAUCACUAUUUCACUGUUCAUUGGAAAAUGGUGUAUUAAUGCAACAUAAAGUCAUGAUGUCAAAAUAUAAGGUAUUAAAUCUCUAUUAAUGAUUUACACUGAAGUGAAUCAAACAGGUGUCAGUCCCUGUUGAGUGCACCUCCGCCAUACAUCAUUUUGAUGGCAGCCGUCUGAAGUGCAUCACAGGAGGUAGUUCUGAUCCACCAGGAAGUGUCCUUUUUAUGUUUUAACGUUUGUGAUUCUAACACCACAGGGAUCUAUUGUACAUUACUCAUUAACAUAGAUAUAUCCUGUAAAGAUCCUUUAUGUAUGUAUGUAUGUAUGUAUGUAUGAAUGUAUGUAUGUAAGUAUGUAUGGUUGUAAAGGAGUUAUUAAUGUAUGCUGUUGGUUUGACCAAAACCUGGGUGUAACACCGCAUGAUAUCUAUGUUGUAAAAUGAAGACGCUCAGAAGAUGCACAGCCAUGUGAUAAUGAUAGUGGUUAUUCUUGUCAAUAAAUCACGUUUACAAGUGC